GACGUCCAAAAGCAGCGAGGCGUUCCUGACCAGCACAAACCAUGAAGGCUCUCAUUCUCCUGGCCCUGUGUGCCGUGGCAUACGCCGCUCCCAUUGAUGGUGAUGACGACAAGAUUGUCGGUGGCUAUGAGUGCCAGAAGAACAGCGUGGCCUACCAGGUCUCCCUGAAUGCCGGCUACCACUUCUGUGGCGGCUCCCUCAUCAGCAGCCAGUGGGUGGUGUCUGCCGCUCAUUGCUACAAGUCUCGCAUCCAGGUGCGCCUGGGAGAGCACAACAUCAACGUCAACGAGGGCACCGAGCAGUUCCUCAACUCCGCUGUGGUGGUCAAGCACCCUCGCUACAACGGCAACAACCUUGACAACGACAUCAUGCUGAUCAAGCUCAGCCAACCCGCCACCCUCAACAGCUACGUGAAGACCGUUUCCCUGCCCAGCAGCUGCGCCGCCGCCGGCACCCGCUGCCUCAUCUCUGGCUGGGGUAACACCAGCAGCAGUGGCAGCAACUACCCCGACCGCCUCAGGUGCCUGGAUGCCCCCAUCCUGAGUGACAGCUCCUGCAGAAACUCCUACCCCGGCCAGAUCACCUCCAACAUGUUCUGCGCUGGAUUCCUCGAGGGCGGCAAGGACUCUUGCCAGGGCGACUCCGGUGGACCCGUGGUCUGCAACGGACAGCUGCAGGGCGUCGUCUCCUGGGGUUACGGCUGUGCCCAGAGGAACAAGCCCGGCGUCUACUCUAAGGUCUGCAACUACAACUCCUGGAUCAGGGACACCAUGAAAUCCUAUUAAAUUACUAUCACAUGUUAAAUCCUGAUGUACAUGAAAAGAUCUCUGUAAACUAAACUUGAACACAUUCAAAGCCUCUGUGUUUCUUAAUCCUGUCUCUUCAGUAAUAAAAAAAAGAUGCCAACCAUCA